AGCACGUGUAUCGCCAUUUCUCACGUGCCAAGUCAAUCCCUCUCUGUAGUUCCCACCCCCAAAACCCAAAGAAUCCACAAAGACGACCCAUCGCCACCGUUGUCCUGUCUCCUGUGCUCUUCCCCAAAUCCCUCAUUUCUGCAAAAUCACUGUUACAGGCAAUUCUAUCAGCCACUUUCCUCCGGGGAUCUUAGUCCCACACAACAGGGCGUGACCUGAGAUCAUAAAUUCACAAUCCCACACUCAAUUCGAAAACGAUGUGGCGGAGACUUCUCUCUUCAUCUAACCUCAAAACCCUAACCCUAGCGGCGGCGGCCACCCCAUGCCGAUCCGCUUCCGGAGCCGUCCGAUUGGUCGACCGCUUCCCGGUUUCUGCCUCCUCCUCUCUCUUUGCCGGCAGUUUCAGCACCGAUUCAGCGGAUAAAAGUAUCAAGAAGAAGGUCGAGGACGUAAUGCCGAUUGCUACUGGGCACGAGCGAGAGGAGCUUGAGGCUGAACUUGAGGGAAAAGAUUUGUUGGAGAUAAACUAUCCUAUUGGUCCUUUUGGCACCAAGGAAGCUCCUGCAGUUGUCAAGUCCUAUUAUGACAAGAGAAUAGUUGGAUGCCCUGGCGGUGAAGGAGAGGAUGAGCAUGAUGUUGUCUGGUUUUGGCUGGAGAAAGGAAAGCCACAUGAAUGCCCAGUCUGCUCACAGUAUUUUGAGCUUGAAGUGGUGGGACCUGGAGGAUCUCCCGAUGGACAUGACGACGAUGGUCAUCAUCACUGAUUAUAGCCUGCGGUUUUCCUUCUGGAAUAAAGUCUAGGAAAUGAAGAGACAAUUUUCAGUACGCUCUGCAGAUUUCAAAAUUCAAAAGCAUAAUGUUUUGUUUGAUUUUGAUUGGUCCUAGUUUUGUUGUUGUUGCAUUUGCAACAUUUGAGACGGAAUCUUCUCUGUGGUAAUAUAGACACAGGCGGGUCUCCUAUUGGAACAAUGGAUUUCUUCAAAUGCAUUUGUCGAAUAAUCGUUGGCUAUUGAUUCUUUACCUUGAUUUGGAACAUUUUCAUUUUCCUCAAAAGGGGACUUGUAGCGUACAGAUUGUAAGCUCCUUCCCUUCCCCCCUCCUUUUGGAAAAAUAUUAAGCACAUUUGUUCUAA